AUGGAGAAAGGGAAUGUCACAGUGCUCAAGGAUUUCAUCCUCCUGGGAGUCACAGACCGCCCUGACCUGCAGGCUCCUUUCUUUGUGCUGUUCCUCAUCAUCUAUGCGAUGUCAGUGCUGGGCAACGUGGGCCUGGUCAUCCUCACCAAGGUGGACUCCAGGCUACAAACACCCAUGUACUUCUUUCUCAGACACCUGGCUCUCAUUGAUUUUGGUUACUCAACAGCUGUGGGACCUCAAAUGUUGGUAAAUUUUGUCACCAAGCAGAACACAAUCCCCUAUAACUUGUGUGCCACGCAGCUAGCCUUCUUCAUCUUUUUCAUCAUCAGUGAGCUUUUUGUUCUAUCCGCCAUGGCCUAUGAUCGCUACGUGGCCAUCUGCAACCCUCUACUCUACAUGGUCAUCAUGUCUCAAAAGGUGUGCUGGACACUAGUGGCCAUCCCUUACCUCUACAGUGCUUUUCUCUCUCUGAUCACCACCAUCAAAAUUUUCAUUUCCUCCUUCUGUGGCUCUACUGUCAUUAGUCAUUUCUACUGUGACAGUCUUCCCCUGCUGACUUUGCUUUGCUCAAGCACCUGGGAUGUGGAAUUGAUAAUAUUGAUAUUUUCAGCAUUUAAUUUGGUGUCAUCCCUGUCGAUAGUCCUCGUGUCUUAUGUGCUCAUCCUUCUAGCUAUUCUUAGGAUGAAUUCUGCAGAAGGCAGGAAUAAGGCUUUCUCUACCUGUGGGUCUCACUUGACAGUGGUAGUGGUAUUAUAUGGGACUCUAUUCUUUAUGUACGUGCAGCCAAAAUCCAGUCACUCUUUUGAGACUGAUAAAAUGGCCUCUGUAUUUUACACCCUGGUAAUCCCCAUGCUGAAUCCCAUUAUCUACAGCUUGAGGAACCAAGAGGUCAAAGGUGCCUUGCACAGAGUGUGGAGAAACCUUUGCAAACUUUCGAUUUGA